UUGAGCACUCGGUUCUUAAAGCUGAUUUAGCAGUAAUAAAAAGAGGUUGAAGUCUAGUUGGUGGUAGUUUUUGGAAAGGAUGAUGUUGCGAGUUUCAAAGAUCAAACUCGGUUUCCCUCUCUUGACCCAAAGAUUGGCGUCAUUCGAAGCUAGGAAGAAAUCGGUGAUCGAAAAGGCGGCAGUCGAUGGGGAGCUAAGAGUUUUCAUCGUAGCUGGCGAAGUCUCCGGCGAUAACAUCGGCUCUCGUCUUAUGUGCUCCCUCAAAAAGCUCUCUCCUUUACCCCUCCGUUUCCAUGGAGUUGGAGGAUCAAUGAUGUGCAAGCAAGGAUUGACUUCCUUGUUUCCCAUGGAGGAUUUGGCUGUAAUGGGUUUGUGGGAGCUUUUGCCCCAUCUUUAUAAGUUCCGUGUGAAGUUGAAGGAGACGAUUGAUGCUGCAGCUAUGUUUAAGCCACACGUUGUUGUGACUGUUGAUUCAAAGGGCUUCUCUUUCCGUCUCCUUAAACAGUUAAGAGCUAGAUAUAAUCAGCAACACUUGGAGAAUUCUGCCGUGCAUUUUCAUUAUGUGGCACCGUCGUUCUGGGCCUGGAAAGGCGGAGAAUCAAGGCUUGGAGGUCUGUCUGAGUUCGUUGAUCAUCUUUUCUGCAUUCUUCCCAACGAGGAAAGUGUUUGUAGGGAGCAUGGGGUGGAAGCAACCUUUGUUGGACAUCCCCUUCUUGAGGAUAUCAACCUUGUGAGAACCUGCAAACCUCAGGAAUCGAAGCUUGAGGGCUUGAGCAAAUACUCGCUGCCAUCUGAAGACUCCACGGUUAUUUCGGUUCUACCUGGGAGUAGAUUACAAGAAGUUGAAAGAAUGCUACCAAUAUUUUCCAAAGCAAUGAAGCUACUCAAAGACCCGUUUCCUAACCUAGUAACCCUCAUCCACGUUGCAUCCAACAGUCAAGUUGAUCAUUACAUUGGUAAAUCUCUCCCUCAGUGGCCUGUUCCAGCAAUACUAGUCCCUAGUGGAUCCACUCAACUUAAAUAUGAUGCCUUUGGUGUGAGUCAAGCUGCGUUAUGCACUUCAGGAACUGUUGCUGUUGAGUUGCAGCUUGCUUGUCUACCUUCCCUUGUAGCUUACCGAGCACAUUUUUUAACAGAGCUGUUCAUUCGUUACAAAGCCAAGAUUCCUUACAUUUCUCUCCCAAACAUUUUGCUUGACUCCCCAAUCAUUCCUGAAGCUCUGUUUCGAGCUUGCAACCCUUCUAAUCUCGCCUUGAUUCUCGAGAGACUGCUAUUGGAUGAAGAGAUGAGAGGAAAACAAGUUGUUGCUGCUGAAAAGUUGGCACGGCUCUUGCAUCCAUCAGAAAGCGGAAUGAGCAGCAAAUUGGUUCACUACAGUGAUUUAGAUUCUCAUCGAUAUACACCAAGCAAUUUAGCAGCUUCGACUAUUCUCAGUUAUGCCAAGCGAUAGAUGAAUGUUUCUUGCUUGCAAGUAUGCCAUCCUUCAAACGAAAGGACCUCACUGUUGUUACUGCUAACUUGUCUUAUUAUAUAACGGAUUUUGUUUCACUCCAA